CUGAUCUGCACAGAGGGCUUUUGAAGAACGUUUCUUUUGUUUUCUUGAGCACGCUUUUGAAAAUCGAUUGAUCCUUCCUUGGGAAGUUUUUUCCAAUUAAAUUCUCUCUCUAUUCUUACUCUAAUGCCACUUCAAAACUCUCCUCUCAUUGCAUAAACCUCCUUGACCUUCACAAAUUUGCCCGCACGUUUCCGGAAUCAAGAAUUCUGCAGAGAGGGAGACAGAAGAAAUGGAGAGAGGAGAAAGCUCUGGCUCCAAUUCCUCCAGUGAUGAUAUCUGGGCUAAACUAGUGCCAUUGGACUCGAGUUAUUCAGAUAUAGAGUUGAAGUCUAAUGAGGUGACAAUCUGCUCAGAGGUCAAGAAUCCUUCAAGUGUAAAGCAAGAAUGGUGCAAGAUAGCUAGGGAAAAGGAUCAAGUUUCUGCCUUGAUGCAAAACAAGAGUUCUAGUUCAAUCCUUGUUGAUGGCACGGUUGUUCAAGAAGAUGAUACAACCAUCAUUAGAUGUGGCACUGAAAUUAUUCUGGGUCCUGAGGCUGAUGGGUUUAUGAGGUAUAUGUUUAAAGUAAUGCCUACCGAAGAAACUUGUAAGAAGCAGCUGAAGAUAAAUCUAGACCCUGAACAUGCAAAAUGCUCAAUUUGCUUAAAUGUUUGGCAUGAUGUUGUGACUGUUGCACCCUGCCUUCAUAAUUUCUGCAAUGGAUGUUUCUCGGAGUGGUUGAAAAGGUGCCAAGACAGACACUCUAGCAUUUUAUGUCCUCAGUGCAGGGCAGUUGUUCAGUUUGUUGGAAGAAACCAUUUUUUGCAUAGUAUUGAAGAGGAUAUACUGGAAUCUGAUUCUUCUCUAAGGCGUUCAGAUGAGGAGAUUGCUCUUUUAGAUUCCUAUUCAUCAAUUAAGUCACCCCUUGUUGUUAGCAAUGGAAGGAAACUAAGCCGGAAGAGGGCACGUGCUCCACCUGAUGAAGAGAAUGUAAGGGAUUUUCCAUGCCCACAAUGCGCCACAGAAUAUGCGGGAUUCCAGUGCAACCAAUCCACAGUUCAUCUCCAAUGUCAAUCGUGUGGCGGAAUGAUGCCCUCUGGACCAACAAAUACCACUGUCCCACAACACUGUGUAGGAUGUGAUCGAGCAUUUUGUGGUGCUUAUUGGCAUGCUAUGGGGGUUACCAGUUUUGAUGCCUAUCCUGUGUGCAGCCCUGAAACUCUAAAACCUAUUGCUGACCGCACUGUGACUAGAAUACCAUUGUUAGCUUAUGAAAAGAAUAGACACGAACAAGACAUAACAGAAAAAUGUAUCAGGCAAAUGGGACAAUCAUUGCAGGAUGUGAUUUCAGAAUGGAUAAGAAAGAUGGGGAACCGAGAAGUAGAUAGGACAAGACUUCAAUUGAAUCACUCCGAGAUGAUUACUCCUCAGACACACGUUUGCCGUGAUUGCUAUGACAAACUAGUCUCGUUUCUCUUGUACUGGUUCCGGAUCACAUUGCCAAAACAUUUUCUACCUCCAGAAGCAGUGCAGCGGGAAGACUGCUGGUACGGAUACGCAUGUCGGACACAGCACCAUAACGAAGAGCACGCUCGCAAGAGGAACCACGUCUGUCGUCCGACAAGGGGUGCUCACAUGUCUUAAUGCUUUUACUAUGACUUGAGAACAUCCAACAGAUUCUGGUGUAAAUAUAUUAAGAUCCGCGGCUUGAGAACCAAAACUAUUUUUCAUAUUUUGAAAUGAAUGGAAUUAUUCUUAUCUU